AUGACUGGGCCUGUUUUUAGGACGCAGUGGGCUGUGUCGUUGCGAAAGCUGAAUUUGCAAGGCGUGGUGCAUUUCAGGACAAAAUGCACUGAAUGCGGCUUGAUGACGGUGAAGCCGUCGUUACUUAUACGCCACAUGCAGCGUGUGCACCGGCAGAGCAGCUUUUCGGCUGUUAUCGAAGUAAGAGGUAUGCCUGACAUAAGAGUGGAUAUGGAUCGUGGAAGAGUUACCUGGUGGUGUUGCGAUCUUGCAUUUGAAGACAGACAUCGUUUUAUCCAUCACAGAAGGUCAUUUCAUAAUCCAUUCCUUGAAAAUUACUCUUGGCCAGUUGAUGGUGAUGGACAGCCUGUAAUAGCCGCAGAAGAGGCAGCUGGUGGAGAAGCUGUUGGCGAGGCGCAGAUCGUAAAGCUGAUUAAUCCGGAUGGCACUGAAAGCGAUGAAUUUUAUUUGUUGAUGCCAAAGAGCAGUAACUCUGAAUUUGUUCGUGCCUCACCAUUUGGUUUUACAAAAAUGGCUCUGAAAGUUGCAGCGCAAAAUGAAGAAGAAAAUAUGAUGGAAGUUCAGCAGAAUGAGUCAGUGCCAGGAAAUGUACAGCUUGAUCCUGAAGAGUGCGUGCAGUUGGAGCAGCAACACAGGCAUAGUUUCAACGAUAAUAUGAAUCUGGUAGCUGUCAGCGUAGCAAAUGGCGCACCGCACCGGUCUUCUUCGAAUGUGGAAGUGGAGCCUGCAGUUGAUUUUGGCUCGAGUACUUUGCUGGACAAUGAUAUCCUCGAUUCUUCGCUUAUUUCUGGCACGCAUAUGGCGGAUAGCAAGUUUUAUGGCAUUGGUCACACGUUCUCUUUAUCGCAUUCUAUGGAAGACGUUUCAACUCAAGGCGGAGUACCUGCUUUGCCACCGGAAAACCUACUCGGUACGGAGAUGAGUCCUUCAAGGAUACUCGUACCAUCCGAUUUAUUUGGCUCCAGUAUCCUACUCGACAAUUCUUUCGGUGAACAAUUCCCAACAGAAAGUAUAAUAACUACACCAUCAAACAGCGCGCAGCAUUACAGCAGUUCAUUAUAUAACAGUACAAUUUGUCCAGAAUUGAGCGAUUUCAAGGAAACCUCGGUUCCUGGAAAUUACUCAUCUCUCGUUGCAAACAGUAAUCCAGCGGUUACGUUACCCGACAGCCCCGGUUUCGUGCGUAAUAAAAUACAUAAUGUGCUGGAUUUGGAGACAAGAAAUGCAACGUUAGCGUUGACAAGUGUGAUGGAGUCAUCAUCUUCGAUCUGCAGUCUUAAUGAUUGUAUCACUCCAUUUUUCUUAGAACCUCAUGACCCAGCUAUAGCUGGUUCUGCUGAUUACAAUAUUUCGCUGUAA